AAUCAUCAUUCUGACACCCGAGCAGAUGCAGAUGCAUCGCAACGCAAAAAAAAUUGUUAAUUUGUUGAAUGUGCUUGCGGUAGUAAGAUCAGAGUGCGACUUAUGAAUUUUCUGCUCCCGGUUAUUGUUGUUUCACGAGAAAAAUCAGACCUAUGGUGAAAUUUUACCGUGUAAUGUGAAUUAUGAACGUGAGGUGAAAGGACAAGCAGUGGCGUAACAGCAUCAGAUUUAGUGACGCUCACCGUUAGAUUUUCGUGAAGUUCACUCCGUUGUGAAAACAUCUGCAUCGAGAGGUAAAAACGUCAAGAUGCUGCUGCUAGAACUGAUCAGCACCGUGUUGUCUAUGAUCACGAUGACAACGUUGGUACUAUUUCUGUGUUUUGUCAUAUUUCUUGCCUCGAUGGGAAAAUCGAUCGGCGUUAGACGAAUGUACGUGGAUUUACUGGUCAAGGUUUUCGAGUACGGUCGUCAAAAUAUUGAAAUAGUUCGCAAGCAGCAGUUUGCUCAUUUGGAUAUAUCUGAUAACAACACAUCGCACACACAAAAAGAGGGCGAGAGCAGCCUAACAAAUGGUCCUACAGUCAGCAAAGAAAUCAAACUUAAUGGAGGUACAGAUAAGACAUUGCUCAAUGGAGAUGCGACUAAAACAGGAAACUCGGUGAUUAGCCGCGUUGAAUCUCUCAUACUGGUACCGGAUGUAAACAGUACGCGAAGUAAAAACCGUGAAUCUGACCCUGAAGAUGAAAAUGAUUCAUUUGAGUUCAAUUUGUCUAAUUGUUUGGAUUACGUCAAGUCUGGGAUUGAAGCUAUCAUAGAGGACGAAGUUACUAGUCGAUUUGAGGCCGAGGAACUAAAGAACUGGAACCUUCUGACACGUACAAACAGACACUAUGAGUUCAUUUCAUGGCGGCUUACUAUCAUCUGGGUUAUCGGAUUUUUUAUUCGAUAUGUUAUUCUAAUGCCUUCUAGGGUGUUUAUUUGCUUCAUCGGUGUUGUAUAUUGCGUGGUAGGCUUCGCCAUCGUCGGGAUAAUCCCUAAGCGGAACCUCCGUUUAAAAGCGAACGAGUAUGUUUUCAAGCAUACCUUCCGUAUAAUAUGCCGAUCCUUGUCCGCAGUGAUCCGUUUUCACAACAAGGAAUACAAACCCAAAAACUGUGGCUUUUGUGUAGCGAACCAUACAACGCCAAUCGAUAUAGCAAUACUUUCGACCGACCACUCCUAUUCAUUGAUUGGUCAAAGGCAUGGAGGAUUUUUGGGGGUUCUUCAGAGGGCGCUAGCCAGAGCGUCUCCCCAUAUUUGGUUUGAACGUGCAGAAGCCAAAGAUAGAAUGGCAGUAGCAAAAAGGCUAAAAGAGCACGUUUCGGAUCCAAACAACCCACCAAUUCUAAUCUUUCCAGAGGGUACCUGCAUCAACAAUACAUCUGUGAUGCAAUUCAAAAAGGGUAGCUUCGAAGUUGGCGGUGUUAUCUACCCUGUUGCCAUAAAGUACGAUGCCCGCUUCGGCGAUGCGUUUUGGAACAGCUCUCGCUACUCAAUGAUGCAAUAUCUAUACAUGAUGAUGACAUCGUGGGCGAUCGUGUGCGACGUCUGGUAUUUACCAUCAAUGACGCGCGGUGAGAAUGAAUCAGCGAUCAAUUUCGCCAACCGGGUGAAGAGUGUCAUUGCCAAGCAGGGUGGUCUGGUAGAUCUCGUGUGGGAUGGUCAACUGAAACGAAUGAAACCAAAGAAGGAGUGGAAGGAGAAGCAACAGGAGGAGUUCAGCAAACGUCUGAAAGGUGAAUGAAAAACACCAACGAAAGCGAAAUGUGAUGACAUUGGUUGACCAAGUCGAGUUAGCUUGCUACUCUAUCUACGUCCGACCAUGUUGAUCGUUCGCUUGAAAUACAAAAAUGGUGAAAAUAUCAAUAGUACGAGCAUGGAACAAUGUAACGAAGCUCUAGUCUGCGAAAGAAAGACAGGAUAUCUUAUCCAUAACAGCCAAAACUGUUUGUUAAAUAUUGCAGGUAGAUUUCAACGUUACUUUUCAAUUUUAAAGUGAGCAAAAUGAUAUUUAUUCCUACAUUUAUUGUAAAGAUGUCACACAGGAUUUAAUAGUUACGUAAUACUUCUAUAAUAAUUUUGCUCUAAUUAGUUUGUUCAAAAAUUUCUGUAACUUUUUGCAUACUCAGCUACAACAAACUACAGAAAUGUGUUAAUAGGUUUGGCUACACGGAACAAAUCAUUUACUAAUUGUAGUUAACUUUCCGGGAUGCGUUUGUUUAUCUUAUUGAUUAGUUCCAAGCGCAGAGCGUUUCGAGGAUCCUACAAGUGCUGAGUAUUUUACAAUGUCUACAAUUUACAUUACUUUCUAUGUAAUAUAAAAUAGAAUAACCCUAUUGAAUAAGACUGAAAACCUUGAAAUUUCGUUAUUAAAAUGGAAGGUUAUGGUGGGGUGAAAUGGACUAAGAAUAGUGAGCUUUAAUAAUUCCCCUUAUAGGGCAUACAUGUAGAGAUGUAUUUUUCAAAUUUGCAAGCACAAUUACGCAAAGGCAUCUACAUAUUGUCCAUGUUUUUUAUUGUUUUGUUGUACAUUGUCUAGAUAGACAAUCAAGGACAAAAUAUUUUGUAAUUUGUGUUUCGUAACUUUCCUUUAGAUGUCGAGCUGUUUCAUUAAUUACUUUGCCCACAUCGAUGGAAUGCUUAUAAGUUGGUAUCAAUAUCAUUGGUACGUUCCAAAGAAAGAAUAUAAUAACAAAUCUGAAGUAAACAUUGUAAAAUACUCGAGUUUUGACGAAACGUAAAUCUGAAUUUAUUCGAGUCAAUGCUUUGAACAAAGAUAACAUACGCUGAUCCAAAAAAAUGGUUUCAAAUUGAGAUGGCGACAUUAGCAAUGUGGUAAAAUGGUCUAAACACUAUGUAAUCAACAACGCACAGUUUUAAAAUUCAUCUAAAUUAAAUACACUAAUUUUAACAAGGAAACAAACAUUGCUCAUUUUUACCUUUAAAAGCCUAAAACGUGUAAUUUGAUGUUUGGUUUAAAAAGCGGAGUGUAUUUAAUCAUUGUCAACCUUUCAAUGUUGUGUUUUUAAUGUUCAAAUCAAUGGCGGUAACCGACUAUGAAUACUUCGUUGAGUACAAACUACCACAAGGUCACAUUCUGUAAAUUUUUACACUCUGCACACCCCGCGCCAAUUUCUUUGUUGGGAACACAAAUUUACAACCUACUUGAAUUUUCGGUAAGACUUGUUAACUUAUUGUUUGAUGCGUUGCUUAUGUUCAUAACCGUGAAAUAUUUGAGACCUUAGUCCGUGAAAUGAACGAUACUUCCUGUUAGAAACCUUUAAUAAUGACAUUAUGUUCAAUUUCUCAUACAAUUGUGUUUCAACUAGAAACUGCCAUGAUGUUCCAUGGUCUAAUGAAAAUAAUGAAAUCAAACCAAAAAGAGAAGGAAAAUGAACGAAAACCAAUUACACGGACUUUCCAGUGCUCCUAACAGUAAUAAACUAUAUUAACUUUACGAUAUUUGUAAUUUUUAAGGAAGAUGCCGGGAAAAAAAUAAAAACUAAGAAUUUUUGUUAAUCUUUUUAUA